CAGGUGCCCGUCUUCUCCUCACCCAUUCCUCUUGGUAACCACUGACUACAUCGAAGAUGAAUGUCCUGUUGAUGUCCCUGGUGUUUAGUGCCAUCAUGGUCACAGAAGUGGCUGGCUGGGGCUGUCCGAGGGGAUGGGUGCCUUUCAGGAAACAUUGCUAUUACUUCAGCAAAUCAAACGAAAAACAGUCCUGGUUCCAAGCAUCGUUUACCUGUGCUGCUGCGGGAGGGGCUCUCGUCUCAUUUAACAGUCCAUCGGAGUUAUGGUGGGUCAAGAGAUACGCCAGAAGAUUACGCCGGGGAGAUUUCUGGCUCGGCGGAAAUGACAUCAGACAAGAGGGAAAGUGGGUGUGGAAUCCGACUAACGGAUUCCCUGUCAACAGAGACUGUACAGACUGGGCCAGAGGGGAACCAAACAGCUAUAGAGGUAGAAACCAGGACUGUAUGCUGAUGUGGGCCAGGAAGGACUUCCGCUGGGACGACGACGAGUGCCACCUUCAAAGGUCGUUCAUUUGUGAAAGAUUCGUGUUUUCAGAAAAGGUGUGCAGAUGUCGGGUGUAGGAGGUUGACACGCUCACAGUAUAUAUCAAGUACGUGUAUAGGCAGAGUCACGGGAUGUAACAGUAGAACAAUAAAGAGUCCUGAAGACAUUA